UCUGGGUAAACAGGAUCCCCUUCAUCAUGGACCAUCGGGGAGUUUUGCUGCUGUGUGUGUGUUUGUCAUGGAAGCUGCAAACGGUAUCGUCCCAAACACAUGAAGAGGUGUGUCCCGGCACACAGAACGGCCUGAGCUCCACCGGCUCGCAGGAGAACCAGUACAACCUGAUAAAGGACCGAUACGACGGCUGUGAAAUCGUCAUGGGGAACCUGGAAAUCACCCAGAUAGAGAGCAACUGGGACUUCUCCUUCCUGAAGACCAUCCGCGAGGUGACGGGCUACGUCCUGAUAGCCAUGAACCACUUCCAGGAGAUCCCGCUGGGCCGGCUGAGGGUCAUCAGAGGAAACAGCCUGUUCGAGAGACGCUUCGCCCUCUCGGUUCUCUUUAACUACCCCAAGGACGGCUCCAACGGGCUGCGGCAGCUGGGCCUCACCAAUCUGACAGAGAUUCUGGAGGGGGGAGUGCAGAUCAUCAACAAUAAGUAUCUGAGUUACGGCCCCUGGAUCUUCUGGCAGGACAUCAUCAGAGACGGCGGCGCCCCCAUCGACAUCCAGCACAACGGAGAGAGAGGUCCCUGUCAUAAAUCCUGUGGAGGUUAUUGCUGGGGCCCAAAUGAGAACCAGUGUCAGAUCUUGACCAAGACGGUGUGCGCGCCGCAGUGCAAUGGCCGCUGCUUCGGGACGAGCCCCAGAGGCUGCUGCCACAUCGAGUGUGCGGCGGGAUGCAGGGGCCCUCUGGACGUGGACUGCUUCGCGUGUCGUCACUUCAACGACUCCGGAGCCUGUGUGCCUCAGUGUCCUCAGACUCUGAUCUACAACAAGCAGACCUUUCAAAUGGAGACCAACCCAAACGCCAAAUACCAGUACGGGUCCAUCUGCGUCUCUCAGUGUCCCACUCAUUUCGUGGUGGACGGCAGCUCCUGUGUGAGCGCCUGUCCGCUGGACAAGAUGGAGGUGGAGCGGGAGGGUCAGCGGCAGUGUGAGCCCUGCAGCGGACUCUGCCCCAAAGUGUGUGAAGGAACCGGUGCCGAACACCGACAGACCGUCGACUCCAGCAACAUCGACAGCUUCAUCAACUGCACCAAGAUCCAGGGCAGCCUGCACUUCCUGGUCACUGGGAUUCUUGGAGACGACUUCAAAAAAAUCCCGCCGCUGGAUGCUAAAAAGCUGGAAGUCUUCCGCACCGUCAGGGAAAUCACAGAUAUUCUGAACAUCCAGUCGUGGCCCAAAGAGCUGAACGAUCUGUCUGUGUUUUCAAGUCUGACGACCAUCCAGGGGAGGUCGCUUUACAAGCGCUUCUCUCUGAUGGUCAUGCGCAUCCCCACGCUCACGUCCCUGGGCCUGCGCUCUCUCCGGGAGAUCAGUGACGGCAGCGUCUACAUCAGUCAGAAUGCAAACCUCUGUUUCCACCACACGGUCAACUGGACGCAGCUGUUCCGGGGUCGCCGGGUUCGCGUCAACAACCUCAACAACAACAGGCCAUUGGCGGACUGCGUUGCCGGCGGCCAUGUGUGCGACCCGCUGUGCUCGGACUCGGGCUGCUGGGGUCCGGGGUCCGAUCAGUGCCUGUCCUGCAGGAACUACAGCAGAAACGGCACCUGUGUGGCCGGGUGUAACUUCUACACAGGCGAACCCAGGGAGUUUGCCAGUCCUGAGGGCGAGUGUGUGUCGUGCCACCCCGAGUGUAAACCUCAGAGGAGCAAACUGAGCUGCAGCGGAGCGGGCGCCGACGAGUGCCGGUCCUGUGCGAACCUGCAGGACGGUCCGUACUGCAUGUCCUCCUGUCCAAGCGGAGUGAACGAUGGACACAAGAGGCUGAUCUUCAAGUAUCCCAACAGGGACGGUCACUGUGAGCCCUGCCACCACAACUGCACUCAGGGAUGCUCUGGUCCAGGUAAAAAUGACUGUCUAGAAACAGCCAGGCUGGCAGUGAGCAGUGGUCAGGUCACCGGGAUCGCGUUGGGAGUCCCGGCCGCUCUGAUCUUCUGCCUGGCGCUGUUCUUCCUGGGCCUGCUCUACCACCGAGGCCUCGCCAUCCGGCGGAAGCGAGCCAUGAGGCGGUACCUGGAGAGCGGAGAGAGCUUCGAGCCUCUGGGUCCGGGAGAAAAAGGCACCAAGGUUCACGCUCGCAUCCUGAGGCCGUCGGAGCUGAAGAAGAUCAAAGCUCUCGGUCUGGGAGUGUUCGGCUCGGUGCACAAGGGAUUCUGGACUCCGGAAGGAGAGACGGUGAAGAUCCCUGUGGCCAUCAAGACCAUCCAGGACGGCUCGGGCCGGCAGACCUUCACCGAGAUCACUGACCACAUGCUCUCCAUGGGCAGCCUGGACCACCCGUACAUCGUCCGGCUGCUGGGCAUCUGCCCCGGCGGCUGCCUGCAGCUGGUGACCCAGCUCAGCUCGCAGGGGUCCUUGCUGGAGCACAUCAGGCAACGCAAGGACAGCCUGGACCCGCAGCGCCUGCUCAACUGGUGUGUGCAGAUCGCCAAAGGGAUGUACUACCUGGAGGAGCACUGCAUGGUCCACAGGAACCUGGCUGCUCGCAACGUCCUGCUGAAAAACGACUACCAGGUGCAGAUCUCCGACUACGGCGUCGCAGACCUGCUCUGUCCCGACGACAAGAAAUACGUCUACGCAGACACCAAGACGCCCAUAAAGUGGAUGGCGCUGGAGAGCAUCUUGUUCCGAAGGUUCACGCACCAGAGCGACGUCUGGAGCUAUGGCGUGACGGUGUGGGAGAUGAUGUCGUUCGGGGCGGAGCCGUACGCGUCCGUGCAGCCGCAGGAGGUGCCGAGUCUGCUGGAGAAGGGCGAGCGUCUCUCGCAGCCGCACAUCUGCACCAUCGACGUCUACAUGGUCAUGGUCAAAUGUUGGAUGAUUGAUGAAAACAUCAGGCCGACCUUCAAGGAGCUGGCCAGUGACUUCACCCGCAUGGCUCGAGACCCGCCCAGAUACCUGGUCAUCAACGUGGAGGGAGGAGAAGCCGUCCCGGGCGAAAUCCACCGUCGGGAAUCGGAGCGAGGACUGCUGGACGCGGAGUUAGAAGACCAAGACGAGGAGGGACUGGAGGUCGGGCUGGCCACGCCGCCGCUCCAGCACUCUCCGUCUUGGAGUUUGUCUCGUUCGCGGAUUAAUUCCUACAGAAGCGGUUCGUCUCAGACUGGACCGGUCGGAUACCUGCCGAUGACCCCGAGCCCUGCGGACAGCUUACGACAGCUGUGGUUUCACAGGUCUCGGCUCAGCUCGGUGCGGACGCUGCCCGACAGGUCAGAGGUCAGGGGGGGCGGCAGGGAGUCGGAGCCACAGGAGGAUGGUCUGCGGACCGGCAGCCUCCACCGGGCCCGGUUUGGCUCGGAGAGGAGCGGCCAUCGCGCCCCCAGCAGCCGACACAGGAAGCUGUCCACCGCCUCCAGCCCGUCCUCCUACAAGGUGUGGACGGCGGAGGCCGAGGAGGAGGAGGUGGACCGCUAUGGCUACGUCCUGCCGGGGUCUCCUGGGACCCCUGAGAGAGCCUCCAGAAUCUCUCAUUCGGGUCGAAGGAACUCAAGACUCAAGAAUAAUCUGUUUCUCAAGGUGAUUAAUCCCACCCAGGAGUAUGAAAUCAUGAACACAGAGAGUGGAGCUCCUCCUCGCUCGAGCAGCGGCGCCUCCUCGCCGGGAGAAGAUCCUCCGUCGGCACAUGAGGCCUGUGAAGGAACCGCCGCUGAGCAAAGAGGCUCCUCUGAAAAACUUCAGCCCAGCAGCGACUUCAGCAGGGAGACGGCGGCGGCGGCGGAGGAGGACCGCGGAGAGGCGGCCCGGGGCAUCGGCAGGUAUGAGUACAUGGACAUCAGGCCAUCUGACCCAUCAGAGGGGGACGGAGCGGCGGCGGAGAGACGCGGGAGUCGAACAUCUGCUAAGAGUGUGGUCCAGACAGAAGACGCAGACCAAACAGUGGAGGUGGCUGAGAAGGAGGAAGAGGAAACAAAACAGAAGUGCCACAACACAAACAAACAAGCCACUCCGAGCGGCGCGCUCAUGCCCGGGCCAGAUGUGCCGACAGCUGGGGGAGAGAAGACGGAGGAGUAUGAGGAGAUGGCCAGGUUCGCAGCAGGGCCCAGCGGGUGGGAGCUCGCAGAGUAUCAGAACCUCCCAGUGAAGGGGAGGGCCGGUUCGGAGGAGGCGGGCGGCGCCAGGUGUUCGGGGAUCGGGGAAUACAUCAAGGUGUGCGCUGGCGUCGGGGAGCCUGGCAGCAGCUCAUCAUUUGACAACCCAGACUACUGGCACAGCAGGUUCUUUCUCAAAACAGAUGCUGUACGCACCUAAUAAUGUGGACUGGGAGAAAGACGCUGACACCAAGAGGGACUUUCUCUUAGAAACUUUGAGGAUUUCUCACAAUUUUUUUUCUUUCUUUUUUCAAAUCAGAAGGUUCUGAGAGAGGAAAACAGAAAAUAGAAACUCUUGAUUUUUGCACUGCCACAAACUGAAGGUUAUUUUACGUCCAUCAUGCAGUAUAUUAAAGCACGUUUGGCAAAAUGUGAAUAUUUCAUUGUUAAUGCUGUGGAAUAAAAACAGUUAUGUACCUUUUGUUUUUAAGCACUGUUUCCAUUAACAAUAAUAAAAAAAAAAUACUUAAAUUAAUCUCGUUAUUUCGCAAAUACCCAAUCAGAUGUAUAAUAUUUGUAGAGCAGGCUUAUUUUAAAGAAGUUUUGAUUCGGUUUUGUGAUUUUUGACAAUAAAAAGUCAGUAUAUCUCUGAAUGCAAUGUUUUGCGGUUAACUGUCUAUUUGUACAAAAAAAAAAAAGA